AGAAAUGCGAACUAUACAAUUAUAAAAAAGAUGUGAAUUUUGCCAGAUACUCAUCCACAAUAUAGACAAGUUUUUAACCUCAACAAAUCUGAUGUGACAUUUGUCAAUGUCUGUGGUUUAUAACAUGUUUCUCAAUGUCAGGAUCACACACACCACUUCUCAUGUAUAAAUACACAUAAAAGCAAUUGGAUUUGGUAAGAGGGAAUCUCAAAAGUGUGUGUCUGUGAGAGAGGAGAGAGAGAAUAUGGGCAAAGGAAGAGCACCAUGUUGUGACAAAACCAAAGUGAAGAGAGGACCAUGGAGCCAUGAUGAAGACUUGAAACUCAUCUCUUUCAUUCACAAGAAUGGUCAUGAGAAUUGGAGAUCUCUCCCAAAGCAAGCUGGAUUGUUGAGGUGUGGCAAGAGUUGUCGUCUGCGAUGGAUUAAUUACCUCAGACCUGAUGUGAAACGUGGCAAUUUCAGUGCAGAGGAAGAAGACACCAUCAUCAAACUUCACCAGAGCUUUGGUAACAAGUGGUCGAAGAUUGCUUCUAAGCUGCCUGGAAGAACAGACAAUGAGAUCAAGAAUGUGUGGCAUACACAUCUCAAGAAAAGAUUGAGCUCGGAAACUAACCUUAAUGCCGAUGAAGCGGGUUCAAAAGGUUCUUUGAAUGAAGAAGAGAACUCUCAAGAGUCAUCUCCAAAUGCUUCAAUGUCUUUUGCUGGUUCCAACAUUUCAAGCAAAGACGAUGAUGCACAGAUAAGUCAAAUGUUUGAGCACAUUCUAACUUAUAGCGAGUUUACGGGGAUGUUACAAGAGGUAGACAAACCAGAGCUGCUGGAGAUGCCUUUUGAUUUAGAUCCUGACAUUUGGAGUUUCAUAGAUGGUUCAGACUCAUUCCAACAACCAGAGAACAGAGCUCUUCAAGAGUCUGAAGAAGAUGAAGUUGAUAAAUGGUUUAAGCACCUGGAAAGCGAACUCGGGUUAGAAGAAAACGAUAACCAACAACAACAACAACAGCAUAAACAGGGAACAGAAGAUGAACAUUCAUCAUCACUCUUGGAGAGUUACGAGCUCCUCAUACAUUAAUGAAGCCAUAAAGCAAGUCAUUUUCACCUUGAAAAUGGAAUUAUUAGCUAACUUAUUGGCAUUAUUAGUAUAUAAGCAAGAUCAGAUAGGCGCAUGUAGUAGCAACAACGAAGAAACGUCGAAUUGUAGACAAAAUGUAGAUAUUACAGAGUUGAAAGAUUGUAUUUUGCAAAUGAUUGCUUUGUAGUGAAAUCAAGUUAUCAC